AUGUCCGAAAAGGAAACGGCACCCGGCGCGGCCGCCGAGGCCAAGGACACUACCGUUACCGGACUUGACAGCGGAGUCAACAGCGCUCCGGAGGUUGACGUCCCCGGUCAAGGCAACUUUGACCUCCCGUCGGGAUGGAUGUACAAGAGGUUCCGCAUUGCCGGCAGUGACCUCUGGUAUGCAUCGCCCAAGAUUCAGUUGAUCAUCGUGUCCAUGGUGUGCUUCUUGUGCCCGGGUAUGUUCAACGCCCUUACAGGUCUCGGCGCUGGUGGGUUGGAGAACGAUACUGCUCAGGCUCAGGCAAACACGGCGCUCUACUCUACUUUCGCCGUCGUCGGCUUCUUCUCGGGGACUUUUGCCAACCGCCUGGGAAUCAAACUCACCAUGGCCAUUGGUGGUCUUGGCUACUGCGUCUACUCUGCCAGCUUUCUGUCCUACGUCCAUACCAAGAACAUCGGCUUUGUCAUCUUCGCAGGCGCACUCCUUGGUGUUUGCGCCGGCCUGCUGUGGUGUGGUCAGGGUGCCAUCAUGAUGUCGUAUCCUCCCGAGUCGCACAAGGGACGGUAUAUCAGUUGGUUCUGGAUCAUCUUCAACACUGGAGCCGUGGUUGGCUCAUUCAUCCCCUUGGGACAGAACAUCAACAACUAUACUGGCGGCGUCACGGACGGCACUUAUGUCGGUUUCAUCGUCCUGAUGUUGCUUGGUGCUAUCCUUGCCCUGCUUCUGUGCAACUCUGGAUCCGUGAUCCGUGAAGAUGGUACCAAGGUUAUUGGGAUGAAGAACCCGUCUUGGGUCUCCGAAUUCAAGGGUCUUUGGUCCGUCCUCAUUGAAGAGCCGUGGAUCGUCGCCCUCUUCCCCAUGUUCUUCGCCUCCAACAUCUUCUACACAUACCAGCUCAACAACAUGAACGGCGCCAUGUUCAACGUUCGCACGCGUUCGUUGAACAGCUUGCUGUACUGGAUCUCGCAAAUCAUUGGAGCCAUCAUCUUUGGCUACGCACUGGACUUUCCGGGUGUGCGUCGGUCUAUCCGCGCCCGCGUCUCGCUUGGCGCCCUCACUGCUCUGACUUUCAUCAUCUGGGGUGGUGGCUGGGCGUUCCAGUCCAAGCAACCCUCGCGCGCCGUCAUCUCGAGCGAGGAGCACCGGAAGAUCGACUGGACCGACGGUGGUGAGGCUUAUAUCGGCCCCAUGUUCUUGUUCAUGUGCUACGGUUUCUUCGACGCCAUCUGGCAGACGUGCAUCUACUGGUACAUGGGCGCCCUGUCCAACUCUGGACGCAAGGCUGCGAACCUCGCCGGUUUCUACAAGGGUAUCCAAUCUGCUGGAGCCGCUGUCUUUUGGCGCCUCGACAGCUUGCAGAUUGAGUUUAACACGAUUUUCGGUGCAACUUGGGGUAUUCUUGCUGCCUGCCUCAUCUUUGCAGCACCCAUCAUUUGGCUCAAGAUCAAGGACACGGUUGAUGUCGAGGCUGAUCUUAAGGGAACUGACGAGACAGCUUCAGAUGUGGUGGUGGCACCUGACGCCGCCGCGGAGAAGCGAAUGGACGUUUGA